AUGCUUCAAGGCGAUAUCGUCAUAAUCGGCGCCGGCUUUGGUGGAGUAUGGAGCGCCCUCGCAGCUCAACGGUUGAUCAAGCUCAAGCAAAAGGAGCUGCAAGUCAUUGUCAUUGCCCCUGAGCCACUUCUAGGAAUUCGUCCAAGAUACUACGAGGCCAACGUUUCAAACAUGGCAUGUCCGUUAGGACCCCUGUUUGAGUCCGCAGGCAUUCGAUUCGUACAAGCCACAGUCACUGGUAUCAACACGGCAGGCAACUUUAUCGAGUUUGAACCAAAGUCGGGCACCGAUUCCAAGAUUCAAUACGAGCGCCUGAUUCUCGCGGCGGGAAGCCAAGUCGCACGACCUAGCCAAGUUUCUGGUAUUGCCAAAUUCGCAUUCGACAUUGAUACCAUUAGAUCUGCAGCCAAACUCGAGUCUCACCUGGAAAAUCUAGCAUCACUGCCGCCCACCCCGGCCCGUGACACCAUUGUGAUUUGUGGUGGAGGUUUCACUGGUCUUGAGCUCGCCACAGAAUUGCCAGGGAGGCUAGGAAAACACAAACAAAUCCGCAUCAUUCUUGUCGAGAGCGCAAAAGAGAUUGGCCCAGAGCUCGGAUCCGGUCCUCGUCCGGCCAUCAAGGAGGCUUUGGAAUCUCUAGGCAUCGAGGUCAGACUUGGACUGGCAGUUACAGCCAUUGAUGCUGAUGCUGUGCACCUUGCAUCUGGAGAGCGCAUCGACACCAAGACAGCUAUCUGGACAGCUGGUAUGAGGGCCACACCGUUAACACAGCAGAUAGCUGGGCCACGAGAUGCUCUCUCUCGACUCCACGUCGAUCAGUGGCUCCGCGUGCCCUCGACUCGCAAUGUUUACGCUACCGGCGAUACAGCCUAUGCCCUUGCCGAUGCAGAAGGGCACUAUGCACUCAUGUCUUGUCAACAUGCUCUCGCUUUGGGCCGCAUCUCUGGCCAUAAUGCUGCGGCAGAGCUCUUGGGAGAGCCAAUGAUUGAAUAUUCCCAGCCAGCAUAUAAUACUUGCCUUGACCUUGGGGCCUGGGGUGCCGUGGUCACGGCAGGGUGGCACAGGGAGAUCAAGUUAUCAGGUAAUUCUGCCAAGUCUGUGAAGACUUUUAUCAACCAAAAGUUGAUCUACCCACCACAAAAUGUCGAGGAUGCCUUGAGCGCAGCGAAUCCUCAGGGUAUCGACUCGGAUGAGAUCUUGUCGCAGAUGCUUGUUACCGUCAAAUGA